AUGUCGUUGAAACAAGAAAUAGAAAAUUGGGUUUCGGCCCUCGGCCACUAUGACAACAAUGAGUUCGAAGAGGCACUCGGCGACUUCGAGAACAUUGCCGAUACCUCCAAGAUCCUGUUUAAUAUGGGUGUGAUCCAUGCCACCUUGGGCGAACAUGAAAAGGCUGUUGAGGCAUAUCAGCGAGCCAUCCGCCUUGACCAGUAUCUAGCCGUCGCUUACUUCCAGCAGGGAGUAUCGAACUUCUUGCUGGGUGACUUUGAGGAGGCGUUGGCAAACUUCAACGACACCCUACUUUACUUGCGAGGCAACACAAUGAUCGACUAUGCGCAGUUGGGUCUUCUUUUUAAGCUAUACUCCUGCGAGGUCUUGUUCAACAGAGGUCUCUGCUACAUCUACCUACAGCAGAAGGAUGCCGGUCUCCAAGACUUGAACUAUGCAGUCAAGGAAAAGGUUGUCGAGGACCACAAUGUCAUCGAUGAGGCUAUCAAGGAAGAAGCAGAGGGCUACACCGUGUUUUCCAUCCCAGUCGGUGUUGUCUAUAGACCUAAUGAGGCCAAGGUUCGAAACCUGAAGACUAAGGACUACCUGGGCAAGGCUCGCCUCGUAGCAGCCUCGGAUCGUGCAAACGCUUUCACGGGCUUUGCAGGCUCGGAGAUUAAGAAUGCUGGUAGAUCAAACGACAAGGACGAUCGCCCAACGGACAACAUCUCCUUUGCGGCCACUAACCUCGUUAAGCCUGGAAUACAGAGUCGCCGACAGCAGUCUGAGCCUCCCACUGGCCGCAACGGUUUCCCGCCCACACCGCCACCGGAGAACGACAAGGCCCCUCAGAUGAGCCGCGGUGCUUCUGUGCGAAAUGGACCGAAGCCAAUGCUGGCCAAGCUCAAUAUCGAACCUGCCAGGUCGAACAGCUACACGAAGACAAGCUCACCUCAGAAUGACCGUGGUGAGAGGAGAGGGCCGGCAAGGGCUCCAUCUGAUGCAAGAUCACCACCACAACGAGGAUAUUCGCAAAGAGAUCAAGGUAGAGCCAGGCGAUCCAGGGAAGCCCGGGAUGACGAUGGCGGCUACCCAGACGAUGUCUACGACAUGUAUAAUGGUGGAGGAGAUUCGCGGGGGAGUAGACAGCAGGGACGACGAAACCAGCAACGGUACAUCGAAGAGGAGGAUGAGGGCAGCGAUUACGAUUCGUUCGACGAGGGUGAAUUUGAGAUGGUAUCCAACCGACGGCCGGGCACUGGAUCAGUAUCGGGUUCUUCUCGAGGCCAGUCAAGGAGACCGGACGUUCGCAAGGUCCGCGUCAAGGUGCAUGCGGACGAUGUAAGGUACAUCAUGCUGGGAACUGCUGUCGAGUUCCCUGAUCUGGUGGAUCGCGUACGGGACAAGUUUGGUCUACGAAGACGAUUCAAGAUCAAGGUUCGCGAUGAAGACGCUCCGAGCUCGGAAAUGAUCACGAUGGGUGAUCAAGAUGACCUUGACAUGGUCAUGAUGAGCGUCAAACAGGCUGCACGGAAGCAGAGGCAAGAUAUUGGCAAGAUGGAGAUUUGGAUUCAAGAAGUUUAG